ACACCAAGCUCUCUCCUCGCACCAGCUCAAGCAAAACACAGAGCCGCACAAUCAAAAUCAAAAUCACACCAGCUCUAGCAGCUACAGAACAUUAGAUCCGAUGGCAAAAGCACAGGCACUAGCUGCACUGCUCCUUGCCAUGGUAGUGGCGCUCGCCGCAAUGGAGGGCGCCCACGCCAUCUGCGGCAUGGCGAACGAGGACUUCAAGCUGUGCCAGGCCGCGGCGUCCGUGAAUGACCCGACCGACAGCCCGUCGGCGGAGUGCUGCGCCGCGCUGGGUAAGGCCGACCUGGGGUGCAUCUGCCGCUACCGGGGCGUCGCCGGCAUCUGGAUGAGGAUCUACCACAUCGACCCCAGCCGCGCCAUGGCGCUGCCGGGCAAGUGCGGCCUCACCAUGCCCAGCAACUGCUCGUGAUCGAUGAGCUGCGGCAUGAAUCACAAGUUCAUGAAACCGGGCACAAGUUGUGCAUCCCGGCAGUACCAGUAUGGCUAACUAAUAAAUAAGUGGAGCACAUGAAAAGAACUUGUGCUCCAUGAUGGCUUGAUCUAAUUUUUGUGUGAGUGGUCGUAUUAUUGUGCGUGUGUGUGUGCUGAAAGCUCAAUAUAUGUGCUCGUUUCAGCUUAUCAGAUUGAUCCAAGCAAUAGUGUCGUCUGUAAGCUGUUGUCAUGAUCAGUAUGACAGUAUUGUUAGUGUGUGUCGACAGUGUCAACGUCGGUAACUUUGUAUCUAUAGUGUCAGCGCACAAAAUGAAAAUAUAUAAGAGCUUGUUCUUGUCAUA